AUGCGCACCGCCUACAUCCUCCCCACCCUCGCCACCCUCACCGCCACCAUCUCCGCCCUCCCGGCCCCCAGCGCCGGCGCCACCGCCACCCUCGACGCCACCACAGCCGUGAACGCAGACGUCGCUGCCCAAGUCCAAGCGGCCAUGGAAUCCGCGGCCGCCGACCUCGCCCUCAAGAUCAAGGCGGACGCUUCCGCGAACGUCAACGUCGCCCGCCGCGGCGACCAGCACCAGCACAACGGCGCUCAUGCGGUCGCCGACCCGAACACGCGGCUCACGGACCUCAAGGGCGUGGCCGUCGCCGACGACAAGCAGGGGACCGAGAAGGUCAAGGCGGCGCUGGGCACCAAGGCGCAGGUCAAGGACGGCGUGCUGGACCUGAACGCGAUCGCGGGCACGGGGGCGUCGAGCCUCGCGAACCAGGACGACGGGUCGAAGUCGGUCGCCUCGAAGCGCGGGGCGGGGGCGUCGACGCAGCCGCAGCUGGUGACGGUGGGUGCGGCGUUGAAUGCCAGUGUGAGCGCGUUCUUGAACAAGUUCGCGGCGGAGCUGGGGGUUGAUCUCAAUGUGGCCGCGUCGGCUUAA